UCCCCUCUUCUGUCUGUCUCAUCUCACCUUGGUCUUACUUCAAUUCCUCAACCAAGUGCAUAAAUCCUCCUCUCCUCCUCUCAAUUGAAGCUCUCUGUCCCUCCCACUUACACUACCUGUUGUGAACUUGCGCCGACCCUGUUCAUACUUGUCUCCUGAUCGCUGUAAUCGUCACCGCUUCUAUACUCGCGUAUAAGUAGCUAGACAUCGCUAUCGCAAAUUACCCUGAUCUACACAUCAUCUCACAUACAACAUCAAUCACAAUGUCGCGAAUCACUGCUCCCGCCUCAAAGCUUGCCCGCACUCUUGCCGAGUCGCAUCGCUCUGCCGGCGCCGUCCUUACGCCCAAAUACGAGGAGCUCCUCCGAGCUCCCCGCCGUCCUUCUGAGCAACAGCAGCACUCUGAGACCCGCGGUCUCACCACUACCCACCGUCCUACUCCCCAGCCAUCCAUCGCCCAUCGCACACGGCCUCUGAUGCAGGGCUUCCACUCUUCUACUCCCUCCAAGACUCCCGCCGCUCACAUCGACACAACCGUCUUGCCCAAGAUCCACCCCAUUCCCACCUCGAACGAGCCCAUCCCCCGUGUGCCUCUUCUUCCCGACAACUACGGCGCUCACCACCACUCUCUCUCCGACGCAGCCGAUCUGGCCCGCGGCAACCGCCCCAUCAUCUUCGCCGUCGACCCUGAUGUGGUCGUUCCUGGUGCGCCCAUGGCCGACAUGGAGGUCGUCAACCUUGACAAUGUCGAGCUCAAGUUUGCGCAUGAGCCUGAACCCGCCGCCAAGACCGAAGAUGGCGACAAGAGCACAUUCUUCGGUGACAUGCUCCGAAGCAUGAGAGAUGAUGUGUUUGCUCAGCCUCAGACCCAGAAAGCGUGACGAGAACAUCAACCAUCUUGGAUAUGACACGAUAAAGAUUUUUGAGCAUGGGCUUCUUGGAAAGAAGUAUAAGAUAUAAGCGUUUAAUUUGCCUUGUUUUCAUUUGUUUGCGCAAUAUGCUGUCAUACCAUCUACUUGUUACUACAAGAGAGAGCGUGUGACUGGAGCCAUCUACUGAGCCAUCUACGAUCAAUGUCAUGGCAAAUCAAGCCCAAAGUGGCAGCCUGGAAUAUCAAUACAACGAGUUGAUUUGUCCAAAACAAUUGCCAAAUCUU